UAGCAAUGGGAAUUGGAUUUAGGAUUUGUCCAAAACAAUAUUUUCACCCGCCCUUCAACCCCACUCAAACACAAACAAAACACGCCGCUGUCUUUGCAUUCGUUUUCACUCCUCUCUCUCUCUCUCUCAAUAUUCCUCCAUAGCCCCCAAGCCUCAGAAUCUCCGAUUCCUUACACUUUCCUCUCCGGUUCGUUUCUUUCUCGGUGAAAUUUCUGCGAUGGGAAUUUCUAAAUUUCCUUGUAAUCUAAUGGGUUUGCUUUAGAAUCAACCAGCAUGCCGUUGUUGAGUCUGUGACGAACUGGGUCAGUGGGGGUUGGUUCAUUGCUUUCAGAUAUGGCAGCUAAAGUUGGUUCUUCGUUUUCUUGUUUUGUCGCUUCUCUUUCUUCUCCUUUUCAUACAAGAAGAAGAGGAAGCUCUCAGUUGAGCUUUUCACGAGGUUUGUAUGGAAAACAGCAACAUGAAGCUCACGUGUUAAGAUAUUCUAGAGGCAAGUCAUGCAAGUGCAUACAUGGGAUCGUGAAUUCAAGAGGAAGGUUCAGAAAACGGCAGAGUGUUUUCUUUGCAGUUUCUGAAGAUCGAUCACAGUACAGUGAGAUAGAAGAAGAUACUUCAGAUCAAGAAAGUGACUAUUCUGACAAUGAAGAUUUAUUUAUUACUAGCAGUUCAUAUAUCCCUUUUGAUGGUACUGAUGGAAAGCCAGGUUUCAUCUCCUUUUAUAACCGUCCUUAUAAAGCAGAGAAUGAUGCCCCUGUGUCUGGUCCUCAGAGGAAUAGUAACAACCUUCUAUGGAUUGUUGGUCCAGCUGUUCUGGUGGCAUCUUUUGUUUUCCCUUCAUUGUACUUGCGCAGAAUUCUCUCGACUAUAUUUGAGGACUCUCUGUUGACAGAUUUCCUUAUAUUGUUUUUCACGGAAGCUCUUUUCUACUGCGGCGCUGCGGUGUUUGUUCUUCUUAUUGACCAUUUAAGGAGGCCUACUUUACAAGAAACCACUGCAAACAAUAAUAAAAUCCUGGCUUCUCAAUUAGGACAGCGAGUCUCAUCUGUUGCUACCCUGGUACUUAGUCUUAUAAUUCCUAUGGUGACAAUGGGACUGGUCUGGCCAUGGACUGGUCCUGCUGCUUCUGCUACACUUGCUCCCUACCUGGUUGGUAUCAUUGUCCAGUUUGCAUUUGAGCAGUAUGCAAGAUACAAGAAAUCGCCUUCAUGGCCUGUUAUCCCAAUAAUCUUUCAGGUCUAUAGAUUGCACCAGCUGAAUAGAGCAGCACAACUUGUGACGGCAUUGUCAUAUACGGUUAGAGGAGCUGAGAUGACAUCUCAUAACAUGGCAAUAAAUAGUUCCUUGGGUACACUUUUAAAUGUUCUUCAGUGUCUUGGGGUUAUCUGCAUUUGGUCUCUCUCAAGCUUCCUUAUGAGAUUUUUUCCUUCUACUGCCAUUACUGCUGAGUAAGGCAUUAAUUUUGUGCAAGGACUGGUAAUUGGUAAGCUACUCACUGGUUUAAUCCAGAAAAUACUUAGGAUUUUUCUUUUGAGGACUAAUUUGUCCCAACUCUUUUUGUGGUUUUAGACUUUUAGGGCCCAUUUGUGUUGCAGGACUGGCUUGGUUGGACUGGACUAUGGGAAGUCUUGUCCAAUCAUAUUGAGUUAAAUCUAAAAUACUCCAAUCUGAUUGGUUUGAACUUAAAAGUAGUCCAAUCCAAUCCAGUCCAGUUCUGCAAGACAAACGGGCUAUUAGGUUAUAGUUUUUGGUGGCAGUUUGAGAGCAAAUGGGUACUGAAGCACCUUGCUUCUUGUAUAAAAGCAAGUUGAAAGGUUAUUGCAGGAUUUUGUAAAUGCAGAUAGUGAACUCUGGAGAGAGCAAAAAGUUGAUAAAAACAAAAAACAAGUUAUGCAGAAAUGUCAAUAUGCUUUAUUGCAACACAUAGUUUUUUGUUUUUCUA